AUGGAGAAGCCAAGCCAAACGCACAACAACCCCGUGGAGGAGGCCCCACCGACGAAGCGUCGCAAAACGAUGGUCCGCUUUACGGAUGAGCUUGACUUCCAACUGAUCCAGGAAGCUCAAGCGAGAUAUCCGUAUGGGGAAGACUACGGGAAGAAGACCCAGGCUUGGGCUGAUGUAGCUGCAGCUUUGGAAGUGGACGUCGACGGUCGCCGUUGCCGCGAGCGCUGCAACCAGCUCGUAGAUGCGUAUGAGGCAAAGCAGAAGGCGAGUGAGAAACGAAGCGGGCCGUGUGAAGAGUACACGCCGAAGGACGAAUGUCUGGCGGAGCUGCUGGAGAUGCGCGAGAUAGAGGCGUUGCUGAAGAACGACAAGAAGCAGCAGAAGGACCAGCAGCAGCAGGAGGACGAGCAAGCUAGCGCUAUGCGCGACGCAGCCUUAGAAGGGAUGAGCCGAGGAGGACGAUAA